AUGACAAGCAGGCUAGCACGUCUUUGGCAACCUGGAAAUCCACAGCGACGUGUUUUCCUCCCGGAUUUCUGGAUGGCUGUCAUCGAAUCACCAAGUGUUGGCAGAAAUAAAUUGCCUAGAAAUUGUGUCAAAUUUGAAGUCGAUCCCCGGAUGUCUCGUCAUGAUAUUCGAGAGUACUUGACAAAAAUCUACGAUCUACCAGUACGAGAUGUGCGAACAGAAGUUCAAAUGGGAGACAUUACAUGGAACACGAAACUGGAUCAUCAAUACAAAAAAGCAAUGUGGAAGGAGGAAGAUAAGAAGAUUGCAUAUGUCUUUAUGUCGAAAGACUUUGCGUUUUCGUUCCCGCAGAUGUUCGCCGCUUCAGAAGAAGUUGUGGAAUUAGCGAAGAUGACAAAGCAACAAGAGGAAUUGAAGGAGAAGCUCAACGAGCAGUAUGCCAACAGAAACCGGCGUGUUGGACAGUUCCUUGCGGCCUAG